CAUGAUAUAGUUCAUGACUUUACUCAAUUUCUCACUAAGAAUGAAUGUUUUACUGUGGGAAUCAGAAAUGAAGACCUAGUCAUAAACACUUCCAAUGAGAAAGCCCAGCAUUCAAUGUUAACGCUUCACGUCGGGGCUACAUUUCCCACCUCCAUUUCUAGCAUCAAACGUUUGCGGAGUCUGUUAAUUGAUUGUGAAGAUUCUAAGUAUUCGGUGCCUGAUGAUGUUCUACCAAAUCUCUUUGCUGAAUUGACAAGUUUAAGAGCAUUACACAUAAGUGCAGGAUUCGUAAGUGCAAAUUUGAUUGCAGUGAUUCCAAAAGAGGUAAAAAAAUUGAUACAUUUGAAAUAUCUGAAUUUGUCUGGUCAAGAUGUGGAAAACUUCCGGAAACUUUAUGUGAGUUAUACAAUUUGCAAACUUUAGAUAUUUCUUGGUGUCAAAAGCUUAAAGAACUGCCUCAAGGGAUGGAGAAAUUGAAAAACUUGCGGCAUUUGAUUAAUUAUUUCACAAUAUCAUUAAGUUACAUGCCCAAGGGAAUUGAGAAAUUAACUUGUCUCCGAACGUUGAGUGCAUUCAUCGAAAAUAGCAGGAGCAGUGAUGGUAGUAAAGCAUGUAGUACUCUUGCAUGCUUGAAAGAUUUGAAACAUUUAAGAGGAGAGCUUUAUAUUAGAGGGCUAGGAAAUGUGACCAAUGUGAGUGAGGUUAAAAGAAUGCAAAUUCUCAGCAAUAAGGAAAACUUCUUCCAUUUAUGGCUUAGAUUUGAUAAGGACGGAGAAGGAGAGAGGAAAAAUGAUGAUGAUGAGUUACUUCUUGAGGCUUUGCAACCGCAUCCAAAUUUGGAGAUAUUAUAUAUAGAAGAUUACAGAGGCAGCACUUUUUAUUCUGAUUGGUUCAUGUCAUUAACCGGGCUGAUGAAAUUGUGUCUUCUCUUUUGCAGAAAUUGUAUGCAUUUGUCUCCCUUGGGAAAAUUGCCAUCACUUGAAUCACUAUGGAUAGGAGAAACGAGUGUGAAAAAACUAGUUACGGGAAUCGAAGGCAAUGGUGCAUUUUCAUCAUCUACAUCAGUUAUUCUCUUUCCCAAGUUGAAAGUUCUUGAUUUGAGGUGGAUAAGCCAAUGCGAAGAGUGGGAUAAUGGGAAUACAAUCUUGCCAUGCCUUGCUUCUUUGUCAGUCCAUUUUUGUCCAAAAUUACGUGCACUGCCCGAUGGCCUUCUCCAAGGGGCAAAAAAACUACAACAUUUGGAGAUUAUUCAAAGUGAUCUUUUGGAAGAAUGUUACAGAAAGGGAACAGGAGAGGAUUGGAAAAAGAUCUCCCACAUUCCCGACAUCUUAUUCAAUCAUGCAUAUCUGCAAGGAGGCCCACUUCCAGUCCGUUGAGUUCUCAAAUAGCUGCAAUUACCAACCAUCAAUCCACAAAGAUCUGCAAAAAUAUUGGGCAUGAUGGUGGUUGCAGUGUUAUGGUAAAAAGAACAGAGGAGAUAGUUAUGCAAAAAGGAAGUUGGAUUUCACUUGUAAUACUGUUUGUAUGAGUUGUGGUUUGAUUUUCUUCAUUAAGUUGUUUGUUUUUAGCGUGCUUGGACAACUUUCUGUGUCAAUAAUUUGCAUGUAAUAUACAUGGUAUGUUUGAUUGGAAAUUAGGUGUAA